CGCUCCGCAGAGGGAGGAAGAUGGCGGAGGAGCGGGUCUAUGCCUAUCCUCUGUGUGUUGAGGGGGAUUGGGAUGCAGGUGAUGCAAAACUUUUAAAAAACAAAUUGCAGCUUUAUUUCCAAAGCCCCAAGAGAUCCAAUGGCGGGGACUGCAUCGUGGAAUACGAAAACCCGAGUAAAACCGAAGCGGUGGUGCGGUUUGUGAACGAUGACGUAAGAAGCCAUGUUUUGGAGAAAAAGGUUCAUAAACUCGACUUACAAAAGAAAGGCACAAUUCAGCUCACUGUCAAACUUCCACAAGAUGUGGUACCUCAGGAAUAUACUGGAGGGGAACAGGAUAUGGAAUCUGUAAGGAAAAGAUUCAAAAUAAAAGAAUAUUUAUGGUGUCAUUUAGAAGAACCAGCUGAGUCAAGCCUGCCUAAAGAACAAAAAACCAUUUCAAUAAUUUUACCAAGUGAUGAAAUUGAGGAUGACCAUCUCCAAUUGUAUUUUGAAAAUAAGCGGUCCCGUGGGGGGCCUAUUGCAUCUUUCACCAGAGAAAGGAGAGAAAUAAAGAUUACUUUUGAAAAUGCUCAAGAUGCUGAAGCAGUGCUGAGCCAAGCAGUCCAUUCAGUGGAGAACAUUCCAUUAACAGUUAGAAAAUUUCAAGCUGCAAAUAAUGAAACUUAUCUACUAUCUUCCUCUGUUGUUUUGGAAAAUCUGUCUGAAAACGUCACAUGCCAGAUGUUGACUCUGCUGGUAGAAAAUUUCACUGAAUUAACUGAAGAAAGUGACGGCUUCAGCUUGGAAAAGUUCAGUGAAAAUGCAGCUGUUGUGACUUUCAAAACCAACAUCGACAUCACUGAAUUUAUCAAAAGAUGCUCUACGAAAAAAUUGUAUGGCCAAUUUAUUACUCCAAGGCAACUGGAAUUGACAAAACAUGUUAGGGUGGAGAACCUACCUUCAAUUGUCAAUGAAGAAUUUCUACAACUAUAUUUUGAACGCCCCCAGAAUGGAUGUGCAAUAGUGACUGCAAUUGAGUUGAUUUCUGAAGAUAGUGCAGCCAUAAUUUCUUUUCAAAAUUAUGAAGUUCUGGAGACUAUUUUUGCUGGGAAGCACAUCAUGAAUAAAGUGCCAGUCUAUAUUUAUCCUUACUACAAGUCCUUGGGUUCUGCAUUGUACGGAAACAAAAGACCAAUGGUGAAAAUGCCAGAUCCUUUCAUUGUGGAUAUUGAUAUCUAUGUCUUGCAAUUUCUUAGAAAUGAUCAACAUCGUAUUGCAGAGAUCAACGAGAAAAUGUCCAAACUCUUCUGUCAAAUUGCGUGGCCAGAAUUGGAUCAACAGACCUCGAUAAAGAUAUCUCCAACAUUUUCAGGUCAGAAAAGCUUGCUAGAAAAACAUGUAAAGAAGUGGCAAAUAACAGCAUCAGAGACAUUUUGUCACAUUUUAUUAAAGUACCAAACUAUUGAAAAUGAUGUAAAUUUGCAAAUCUGGGAGGAAAUUAAGGAAAAACUUAAUCAAUCUUUGAAUUCAACUGUGUCUGUUAUUACCAACCCUUCAAAAGGGAAGAUGAUAUUAGUUGGUGAAUUUGACAGUGUGACUAGUCUACAAGAAAUCGUCACAUCCAUGAUGAAUACUGCCAUUGAAAAAUUAGAAAGAGAAAAACAAAGCCUGACUGAGAUGCUGUCCAUUAGUUCUGCAGUAUAUUGUAUAUUGAAGAAUGAUGAUCUGGAACAGAAUUUGUCUAUGAUAUAUCCAAGCUUGAGCAUGAACUACAACAUGGCUACUGGUGAAAUAAAAUUGUAUGGAUUGGCUUCAGAAGUUUAUGGUGCCAAAAGUAACAUAUUAGAAGGAAUUCUUCACCUGAAACGUAGAAGACCAGUGGUAAACCUGCAACUCCUUUCUUUUUUACAAAGAAUAAAUCACGAUGAAGCUUCUUGUUGCUUAUUCACAUCAAGUGGAAUAAAUGCUACAUAUGAGAUUGAAGAUGGUGCUGUUGUGCUGAUAGGAACCACAGAAGCUUCUUUAGCUGCAGCAGAAGAACAAAUCAAAAGUCAUCUUAAUUUCAAGUCCAUUGAGGUGCAAGAUAUCAGUGUUAUGAAAAAGAAUGAAUGGAAAUGCUUAAUAGAUGAAUUGGUCACAAAAUUGAAUGCUUCACAGGAAAAUGUUUCAAUUGAAGAAAUACCUCUGGAUAAAAGUGGGGAGGUCAUUGUCUCUGGCUAUUCUCUUGCUGUCAUGGAAGUCUUUGAAGUGCUUAGUGAUUUUGUCCAACAAAAUACAAUAAUUGAAAAGUCCAUUCCAUUUAAAUCCAGUACAAUACUGACAUUUUUGAAGGAGGUCAAGAAAAUGGACCUUUUUUAUGAUGAAGCAAAGAUGGGUGUGAAAAUUGAAGUUCAUAAUGCGGCAAAUGUCAUUUCAGUAUCUGGUCCAGUGGAGAAUGUUGGUAAAGUGGAGACUUUACUCUCAGCUGCUAUUUCUAGAUUAACAUAUUCUGUCUUGAAAAUCACCAAACCAGGAGCAAAGAAAUUCUUUGAAGAUAAAGAGUCAUAUGUUGAUACUGUAAUGAGUAAAUUUAGUUGCGUGCUAAGAUUAUCAGAACAUCAUGUAUUUGCAGAAAGUAAUGGAUCACAUCAAGCUUGCUGUCAAGUACAGUUGCCCAAUGGACCUUUAGUUGCUCUUUAUCAGGCAGACCUGUGCAAUCAUUCUGUUGAUGUGAUUGUCAAUGCAGCAAACGAAGAUUUACAACACAUUGGAGGUCUUGCAGGUGCACUGCUGAAAGCAGCAGGACCAGUGUUACAAAAGGUCUGUGACUCUAUCAUUAAAGAUAAAGGAAAACUUGAAGCUGGUGAUGCAGUCAUUACAGAAGCUGGUAAACUACCAUGUUCAUAUGUAAUUCAUGCAGUUGGUCCAAGAUGGAUUGAUUUUGAUCCAGAAACUGCUAAGAAACGUUUAAAAAUAGCUGUUAUGCGGAGCCUUAAUUUAGCUGAAACCUACAACCUUCAGUCAAUAGCAAUCCCUGCCAUUAGCUCAGGAAUUUUUGGAUUUCCAUUACCUUUGUGUGCAGAAAUCAUUGUCAGCACGAUCCGAGAGUACUGGGAGAAUUCUGGUGGAGGCAGUGUGCUCAAACAGAUCCACUUAGUAAACCAUGAUGAAAAACAAGUUUGUGCUGUUUCCAACGCUGUUCAGAAACUAUUAGGUGAAUAUUUAACUCGUUCCACUCCACAACCAAAAAAGCUCAGGAUUCCCAAUGUGAGAAGAAAAAAUGUUGAAGUUGAAAGCCCAAGAAGUGGAAACGUAAGAAGUUUAAACAAACUGCACGUGACUCAAACGAUUGAAGGUUUAAACAUCAUUGUUGUUCAAGGAAAUAUUCAAGAGGCAAAUACUGACAUCAUUGUAAAUACCAUUGGGCCUGAUCUGGAUCUGAACAGUGGUGCAGUAUCUCGAGCAAUAUUAGGAAAAGCUGGCCCAAAGCUUCAACAAUUAUUGUUUGCUGAAGGACAAGGUGGAAAAGGUUUUGCAGGUUGUAUUUACCAAACAAAGGGAUGUAAUCUUGGCUGUAUUGAAGUACUUCAUGUUGUUGCUCCACAAUGGGAUCAAGGAAAUGGACCGUCAAAAAAGGUGUUAAUAAAUAUAAUCAAAGGAUGUCUGAACAUUGCUGAAACAUCACAACUAGAGUCCAUCUCGUUCCCAGCUAUUGGCACAGGCAACCUAUGUUUUCCGAGGGAUGUUGUUGCAAAAUUAAUGUUUGAACAAGUUUUAACAUUCAACCGAAAGUAUCUAAAAGAAGUUCACUUUGUGGUUCAUCCUGAUGAUGCUUCAACUGUUCAGGCAAUGUCUGAUGAAUUCAGAAGAAGAUUUGACCAACAUCUCAAAAGCACAUUCACAGUACUCAACACAACCUCUGUCUCUGAACUAAAGCAAGAACAUUUGCUUGGAUCAACCAGUUUAGCUUCUGGUGAAAUGAAAAUAGGGCAGGUUUUGUUGCAAGUGGUACAUGGGGACAUUACGAAGGAGACCACUGAUGUCAUUGUCAAUUCAACAAACAAUCAUUUUACACUCAAAGCAGGCGUGUCCAAGGCAAUUUUAGAUGCUGCGGGUCAAACUGUGGAAGAUGAAUGUGCACUACAAGGAUUGCAAGGAAAACAAAGAUUAAUAAUGACCAAGGCAGGGAACCUUCAAUGCAAAAAUAUAAUUCAUAUAGUUGGAGGAAAGGAUCCAAAUCAAAUACAGGAUGCUGUCCAGAUAGUUCUUCAGGAGUGUGAAAGAAACCAAUUCUCAUCAGUUGCUUUUCCUGCAUUUGGAACAGGACAAGGAGGAAUGAACCCUUCACAAGUUGCUGAUGCAAUGGUUAAAUCAGUUGCUGAGUUUGCAAGUAAAAUAUCCCCAGCUGCUUUACACCGCAUUAGAUUUGUUAUUUUUCAGCCUCAACUAUUAACCGAGUUCCACAGCAGCAUGCGGAAGCAACAAGAUUCAAACCUUGGAAAACCAAAAACUUUCUGGGAAAAGGGAAAAAAUGCAAUAGCAGCAGUAAUUUGGGGGAACAAGAAUAAAGAGAAUAAAGAAUUUGGCCCUGAAGACUUUGUUUUAGAAAAUACGAUAGAGCCGGUUGUAAUGGAAAUCUGUGGAGAAGAUGCGCAAAAUGUAGAAAAGAGUAUAUCCUGGAUUGAAAAGGUAUUUGAAAAGGAGCACUCUAUCAAAACCAUCAACAGUGAAUUCAUCUUUCACUUUACUGAGAGAGAACGUGCAAAAUUAAAAAACCUCAUGGAAAAUCACCAGAUCACCAUCGAAAUGGAACAAUCUGGACCUCAGAUCAGAGUCUGUGGUCUCCACCUGGAUGUGCUGACUGUCUAUUCUGAAAUUCAAGAAAUGGUUAAUGAAGUCCGAGAUAAACUAGCCAGGCAAAGAGAUGAAGCACUUGUUAAUAAUUUGGUUGAAUGGCAGUUUAGAAAAGGUGGUCAGUUUCAGCCAGUGGAUAGAGCUGCAAAUUUCAACCUGGAAUCUGCAUUCAUUGGAAAGGCUUCCCAUAUUGAGCUUGAAAUUGAACACAGGAAAUAUACUGUAGAGCUGAAAACGUGUACGGCCACAGAUAAUCAUGGAAACUCAAUACAGCUGAACAGGGCUUCUAAGUCUAAAGAUGAGCUGCCACCUCACUGGGAUGAUAUGGCUGGGCAGCAGUUCAAAUCUGUGGCUCUACAGCAAUCCACACUAGAAUAUCAGAGAGUGGAAACAUUAUUCAAAAAUACAUGCUCUCAGUUCCAGAUAAUACAGAUUGAAAGAUUGCAAAACCCUUUUCUCUGGAAGAAUUACAUAAUUAAAAAACAAUAUUUUCAUGAGAAAAAUCCAAAUGGAACAAAGAAUGAACACGUCUUAUUUCAUGGAACAGCACCAGAAGCCAAAGAUUCAAUCAGCAAUCUUGGAUUCAACCGCAGCUAUGCAGGGAAAAAUGCUACAACCUAUGGAACUGGCACCUAUUUUGCUGUUAAUGCAAGUUAUUCUGCUAGCAACACAUACUCCAAACCUGAUAGCAAUGGAGUGAAGUAUAUAUAUCAAGCUUGCGUGCUCACUGGAGUCUAUUGUCAAGGAAAAAACGGAAUGCUCAUUCCACCUCCAAAAAACCCAAACAACUUGACAGAUUUAUAUGACAGUGUGGUCGACCGACCAAAUGCUCCAUCGAUGUUCAUUAUCUUCAAUGAUAUCCAAGCUUAUCCAGAGUAUCUAAUCAGUUUUAAGUGAAUCUAAAUGUUUACAGAAAAUGUUUCCAACAGUCUUGUUUACUAUAAUGACUUGUUUUAGUUAUCUUUAACUUGUUACUCAACUGGAAUUCUAUCAAGUUUGAUCUGAUUGUUGUGGGAUUUCCCAUAGUGACUUUAAUGCACCUUUCAAUCUAAUCAAAGAAAAAUUUCUGAUGGAGUAAAAAUUCUGGGAAUUCAGAAAUAAAUAUUUGUUGUUUUUCAUAAUUGUCAAUUCCGAAGUACGAACUAAUAGAGAUGUUAUUUUGUAAUUUGUGAUAGUUGGAUUCAUUUAGGGAACAAACAUAUUGAACUCAAGACAAAUGGUCUAGAAAUAAAGUAGGUUAACCAUUAAUGUUGGGAAAAAAAUUAAUGCAGAAGUUGCCUGCUGAUCUACUUCCAUUGUAAGUAACAGAUAAAGUUAGCUAGUGACUAAUUUUUUUUAAUUGAUAUAGAAUUUAUUGUAUGUGUAUUCUUCUGUAUUCGAAUAUUUUGUCAACUUCUUGCAAGCAUUUUGUGUACUUAAGAAAUAAAAAAAUUAUCUAUUUUAAACCUUU